AGCCUUGGCCUGCCUUUGUGUUAUCUGUAUGUUGAUUGGCCUGGCUUUGGUUCCAAAAGUACGCGGUCAACACAAUGGUGAACAGAAGAUGUUCAACAUUAAUAUUUUGAGAAAAUCAAGUUUUCUCUUAGUUCUCAUAGGCAAUGUUCCAACUGUGAUGGCAGUCUAUGCUCUUUACUCAUACCUUCCAAUGCUUGCUGAAAGUACAGGAUUGGCAAAACUGGAAUCCUCCUAUUUGAUAUCAGCUGUAGGGAUUACAAAUACACUUGGAAGAAUACUGGCUGGUUGGAUUGCUGAUCUCCCGCAUAUAAGUGCGCUAAGGAUGACUACGCUAGCAUCAAUUAUAGCCGGCAUUCUUCCAUCUAUUUUUCUGUUGUGCUCAUCUCACGCAACCUUCCUUAUCCUCUCCAGUCUGUUUGGAUUAAUAAUAAGUGUAAUUCCUUCUGUAACCUCAGCUUUGAUUGUCGAAAUCUUAGGAAAACAAGAUCUUAGCUCAGGAUUCGGUAUGCUAACCUUUGUCCGUGGAAUAGCGGCCUUGGCAGGCCCCCCAAUAUCUGGUUUGAUACAUGAUACAACAAACUCCUAUUCAGCUUCCUUUUAUCUAGCUUCAGUCGAGCUGAUUGCUUCUGGUCUUAUACAUGGUUGUGUUGUUCUCCUACUUCAUAAAAGACGACAUCAGUAUCAAGCUAUUUAAAACAUAUUUUCAAAUCACAAUGCAGAGUGCCCUAGUUACACGAAUUGAAGAUCGUCUUGAUCUUUGAAAUAAUUUGCAGCAUUUAGUCGUCAAUCUAGUUAUUUAUUUUUUUUCUUUAAAAUUUGUGCCCUGUCUUUUAUUUGCUUUAAAAAUUACUGAAGAUAUAAAGAAAUUUGGAUUUAGUUUUAUACAUAAUACGAUCCAAAAACAGUCUCUCAAAUGUCAUAUUUAUUAAGACACCCUGUAGCUGUAAGGAUGCUCACGGCCACAGAGGAUAAAUCUUAAAAAUCGUUUUUUUCUGCGCUGUAAAGUAAUUUUAAGUAACUGUCUAGUCAUAGAUUUGCAUUUAGGCCUUUGUCCAAUCAUGAAAAAAUGAGAUAUCCUGAUCCUUUAUUUUUUCAAUCGUGGUUUUUCUAUAUACUCUAUAAUCUGUUACUUAGAUUAAGGUGUAAACGAAAGUUUACCUAAUUUUACAAAUCUUUUUACAUCGUCAGUGUGAUUUUAACCCAUCCAAAGAUCGCAAUAUACGAUUAACAACGGUACCCGUAUUUAUUGCCUUAACAAGUAUGAAUUGGAUGUUUUUAAGUUUGAAAACGGACAAUAUUCAAUUGUGAUUUCUCUAUAAAAGUGACUUGCAAAUUUCUACCGCAGAAAAACAUAUAGGUAUUAACAGAAUUAUACUCUUUUACUACUAGGAAAUUGACAAUAUCUUCCACAUUACUGAUCGGAUACAGGUUUCAAUGUUACCUUUGUGACUUGGGCAUAGUCAUCUUUGCAUUGAGGGCCACUUGAAAUAACCCUAACAGAUCAUUUACAUUUAAAGCUUGUGAUUUGUGAAACCAUCCUUUUACUUGAUAUUCAUUUUUUCUAUAAUCAAUUGUAUACACUUUUUGUAACUCGGAAUUAACUCAUGAAAGGGUUACUAAUCCCCUGACCUCUUAAAGAAAAAAACUUCAUAAUAUAUGCGUCAGAAAAUUGCUGAAUGCAAUCGAAAAAAAUCUACAAGCAAAAUAAAUUACUCAGUUUUUAUUAAAGCUUCCUUAAAAUUUUACAAAUAUUAUAAAUUUAAUUACUACAAAAAAAAUCCUAUAUUAAGUAUAAUAUAGGUGGUAUAAUUUCUUUAAAUCAAAAUUUAAGAAAAUAGAUAUUUUGUCUGAUAUUUUAUAAUAACAUUUUAAUUUUUCGUUUCAACAUUUUAUUUUAAUAAAUUUAUUGUAAAAACAUAUUUUCUGAAUCCAUUUAUGUGACAAUCAUUCAGAAAUACAUAUAUUUUUUCACAA